AUGGUCGGGGCUAUGCAUGACAUACAAGUAGGAUUUCUUGACCGUUGCAGCGUGUUCCAAUUCACACUCACUUGUACUGUUCUUGACUUUCAAAAGGUAGCGGAGCCACAACCAAAGUCUCCAGGAAGUUUGCCAUCGUCUACACGCACGGCUCCAAACCCGAAUGGAGAGGAGGUUGAGAAGCACAUUAAUAAGGAACAGUACACCGUCAGAUGUCUCGGAAGUGAGGCUUACACAGAGGCACUAAAAAAUUACCUUGAUGAUGGCUGCAUAGUUCGUGUAAUAGGACGUUUGAAAACCACUGAAGUCGUGGAUGCUGGUAAGAAGCAACCGUUUCCGUGCAUCAUUGUCGAGCAGGGACGGUGGAGUACCGUUUCGCUUGUGCAUUCCUUACGGAAGCAACGGAGAGAUUGGCAGCUGCAGAACAUACUUACAUCAGUCGCUACGUUGGAGUGA